AUGUUUCAAAAGUACUUUGACGAAGGUCAAAUCCAUUUAGCAGAAGCCAGGAGACAAAAAAUUGGCGGGUUUCUAUAUAAUGCGCUAUAUGCUUACGAAAAAGCAAUUAAAAACUUCGAGACUUUUAAUAAAUUCCCAAAGAGCUUGAGACCUCAUCUUACACUCAAUACGAAAGAAUUAUUGGCAGAGGUUUAUGUAGAAUGCGGAAAUGUCUUCAUGAGUCUGAAAGAAAUUCAGAAGGCAGAAGAGCAUUAUAGAAAAGCUUUGAAAUGGAAAAACAAUUACAUAAAAGCAGAUGAAGCACUAAAAAACCUUAAAGCAAAUACGGAUAUUGAUACGACGAGCUCUUUGAACAAGUUCUUUUUUCAGAAUCCUCGUUUAAACUUAGAGAAUUAUCCUGUAUUUGAUGACAAAGUCACUCUCGCCGACACCAGACAAUUGGCCUAUUACUUGCAAAAAGAUAUACAAAGUACCUUGAGUCAAGAGCAAAUCUGUAACUUAAAAAAAAUAGCGAGCGAUGUCAUUGAGGAAUAUGCACAUAAAAUAUCCAAAAGUCGGGACGUAAUUCAAGAAGCUGUUAUAUUAUCAUCUAUACCAGAUCGGGAUAUAUAUAAAAAAUUACUCGAACAAUGCAUUCAACCUAUUAAUAACAACAUCCAAGUAGAUUCAGAUUUAUUAGAGGGGUUAACUCAAGUGGUACAAAACGCACAAGGUCAUUUAGACGUGGGCUAUGCGAAUGGAUUAGUUCAAAUUUUGGGAAUCUUAACGAAAAAAUUACAAGGAAUCCAUCAGCAACAGGGCGUAGCCGAAGAACUCUAUAUUCUUACCAGGGCCAUAUCUCGCCUAUUAGACGCCAUGAAAGAUGUCGAAGUGAAAGGUUUAGACCGAGAAAGUCUGCAUGCUCCAUUAUAUAAACAGCUUUCGGGUUUAAGUAAGAAUAAAGAAGAUCCGGCACUAUCGUAUCAAGCCAAGUACGCUUGUCAGGCGCUACUAUAUGUGCCUGAUAACGAGCAACCAUGGCAAAGCGCCAUGCGCCACUUCUCCGAUAUAACAGGAGGAAUUUUAACCUUAGCAAGUGCUGCUAAAAAUCUUGAUCCUUCAAAAUUGAAGGAAGUGUUUAGCAUCGCCAAUGGAAUUAUUGAAGAGUUGAAUGAUUUUAGAACGAAUUUUCAGGAUGCCUUCGAGGGAUUGAAGGAAAUUCGUCGGGGUUUCAAGUUUAAACUUAGUCGUCAUAGGCCGUGGUAUAUUGCACUUCGGCAUAUUGACUUCUUCAUUUACACUGACCAGCUGGUUGAGCUGGAGGAAUUUGUGCGAAAAACAAGGCUCAGUCAGAACCCCGAAUUUUUAUGGGGAUUCUGUCAACGAAUAGAGAACCUCGUCAACACCCAUCCUGAUAUCACCGUGCGACAAAAUGCUCUAGGGCUUUUAAAGGAUGUGAGCCAAUAUACCAUGAAGUGGGGACGAUAUGGUCCAUACCCUCAAAUUGAUCAAUUAUCCACCACAACGUUUGUACCUGAUUUUCCGACUUCUCUGUUAUAUGCUGCUCAGUCACGGUCUCCCGUUGAAGCUAAUCUAAAGAAAUUAAAAAAAGAGAUUUGUAAUGAUAAAGAACUAGAACAAUUACUUAAUUUAUAUAUUGAGCCACGGGGAAAAUUGGAUGUUCAGGACACGGAUAGCUUUUCACUGUUUCCAAAGGUUAAAGAGUUUUUGCAGGGUCCUAAAAAUGUGCUACUCUUAUUGGGUGAUUCCGGUGCCGGUAAAUCAACGUUCAACCGCUUCUUAUCACUUAAACUUUGGGAGGGAUACAAAGUGGGUGGUCUUAUUCCAUUAUAUAUUUCGCUGACUACUAUAAAGAAUCCAAAGUAUGAUUUAAUUGAAAAGCAUUUGAGAAAAGAGUUUUCCGAGGAUCAAAUUAAGGAGUUAAAAAGAAACCGUAAAUUUGUAUUUAUUCUGGAUGGUUAUGAUGAGAUAGGUGGGAGUGAGAUUGGCAAUAUUUGUGAAAGCAAUCAGCUUGAGGCUUGGAAUGCGCACAUCAUUGUGAUGUUUACAAAUACAUUGAGAGGUAUAUUAGCAUGGGAAAAACUAAUCGGGACACUUCAUUCUAUAAAAAAACUAUUGACUCCAUUCCUGGCUUGA